CAAGUUACAACAUCGCCAUUUUCAGCGUCGAGAGGAGGCGGGGACGCUGAAAUCUCCCGCGGUACAGAACAGAAGUAGGUCAACCAGAAAUAUCGCCGAGACAUACGUACUCAGACUCCCGAAAAAACGAGAUAUAACUUCAUUAAUCUGCGCCCAAUCGCUUCCAAUGCGUGCGUUCUGCUCUACUCUGAUGCGUUCAGGCUCCUGUCCGGGUUGACAUUCACACACGAGUUAUCAGGAUUUUGUUUGUUUUUCACUGUUUGCGAGCGAGCUGAACGGAGAUAACAUGAGCAAUUCGCAAAACAGUUCUCUCAGGCCCCCAAGAAUGAAGAGGAGAUUGAGCAGAGAGCGAGAGGACAGCAGCACCUCGUCCUGCGCUGGGCCGACGGACUCCUGCAAGAGGGUCAAACAGCCCGACGAGGACUCCGGAGACCAGAUGUCCCACUGGACUCGACUGCCCCAGGAGAUCCUGCUUCACAUCUUUCAGUACCUGCCGCUCCUGGACCGUGCCUUCGCCUCACAGGUCUGCCGCUGCUGGAACCAGGCCUUCCACAUGCCCGAGCUGUGGAGGUGCUUCGAGUUUGAGCUCAAUCAGCCUGCCAGCUCUUACCUGAAGGCCACACAUCCUGACCUGAUCAAGCAGAUCAUAAAGAGGCACUCCAAUCAUUUACAGUACGUCAGCUUCAAGGUGGACAGCAGCACAGAAUCAGCGGAGGCUGCGUGUGAUAUCCUGUCUCAGCUGGUGAACUGCUCUCUGAAGACUCUUGGACUGAUCUCCACUGCUCGACCGAGCUUCAUGGAGCUUCCCAAGUCCCACUUCAUCUCUGCACUAACCGUGGUGUUCGUCAACUCCAAGUCUCUUUCGUCUCUGAAAAUUGAUGACACGCCAGUGGAUGAUCCUUCGCUCAAGGUCCUGGUGGCCAACAACAGUGACACACUCAAGCUGUUGAAGAUGAGCAGCUGCCCUCAUGUUUCCCCUGCAGGUAUUCUGUGUGUUGCUGAUCAGUGUCACGGUCUGAGAGAACUGGCUCUGAACUAUCACUUACUGAGCGACGAUCUCCUCCUGGCGCUUUCCUCAGAGAAACACGUGCACCUCGAGCACCUUCGCAUAGACGUGGUGAGCGAGAACCCCGGGCAGCAGUUCCACACCAUCAAGAAGAGCAGCUGGGACGCCAUGCUGCGCCACUCGCCCAACUUCAGCCUGGUCAUGUACUUCUUCCUGUACGAGGACGAGUUCGGGCCCUUCUUCCGCGACGAGAUCCCCGUCACGCACCUGUACUUCGGCCGCUCGGUCAGCAAGGAGGUCCUGGGCCGCGUGGGCAUGAACUGCCCCCGUCUGGUGGAGCUGGUGGUGUGUGCCAACGGGCUCCGGCCGCUGGACGAGGAGCUGAUCCGCAUCGCUGAGCGCUGCCAGCACCUGUCGGCCAUCGGGCUGGGCGAGUGCGAGGUCUCCUGCGGUGCUUUCGUGGAGUUCGUGAAGAUGUGCGGCCGUCGCCUCUCUCAGCUGUCUAUCAUGGAGGAGGUGCUCAUCCCAGACCACAAAUACAGCCUGGAUGAGAUCCACUGGGAAGUGUCCAAGCACCUGGGUCGGGUUUGGUUUCCAGAUAUGAUGCCCACCUGGUGAAAUGCA